GAACCAGAGAACCAUGGGGAAACAUCAGCCAGGAGGACCACCCAUUCCUGGCACUUCUGCCUGCGAACCCGAAGAGGAAGACGACGACCACCAGUUUGUUGUUACAAAGGCUCAAACAUAUAAGGUCUGUUUGCUUUAAGAGCUACUGAGUGAGUGACCAGCCACUGACUACAGCCAAUCAGAGCAGAGCUCAUCAUUAUUGUCUAAGACCCUUCCAAAUAAGAGCCUCUCUGUGGCGGCAGUCACAGCUGCCCUCAAGGACCUUAGGGAAAACUGACCUACAGUACGCACCAUGGACAGCAGACAUCGAUUUUGGUUCCUGCACAUAUGCUUCAUUAUUUGAGGUUUAUAAAAGUGUGCCGGACGUAUUACACAUCAGACUCAUGACAGAGGAGAAUUCGUGGAUUUACAAGGAUGUGCGUCAACAUUCGUGCCGAUGGGGAUUGAAGACAUGAGCAUGAGGAACGGCCGGGCUUUGUCCGAUCAGUGGGCCGACAGCGUGGUGGUCCGACCCCGGACUACCGAACAGCACAUCACGGUGCACAAGAGACUCGUGCUGGGCUUCGCCAUCUCCAUCCUCACCCUCAUCAUCGUCACUGUCAUCGCCAUCACGCUCAGCGUCAGCUUCGAGAGAUGCGCAGCGGAGAGCAGCGGGACUCUGAUCGGUAACGGGUCUAGCAACAGUAAGUCCAAUCAGUCCCGGGACAGAAACGGGAUCAGUCACAGAGAAUCAGAAGAUGGUCAGCAGCCGUGGAAACAUCUGCGCUUACCGGGCACCCUGCGCCCUCGACACUACGACCUCAGACUGUCCGUGUACAUGGAUAAUUUCACUUUCUCCGGUCAGGUGAACAUUGAGUUUGAAUGCGUUAACUCCACUAAGUUCAUCGUGUUGCACACAGACAGACUGGAAGUGAAUAAAGUGCUGGUGUAUUCAGACAGUAAGAAAACGGGCGUCAUGAGGGUCCACCGACGCUUUCACUAUCCGCCCAACCAGGUGUAUGUGAUCGCGCUGCACAGAGAGAUGAAGCCACUCAGAACAUACAAGAUCAACAUCACAUUUGAUGCACAGAUUGAAAAUGAACUUUUAGGAUUUUUCCGAAGCUCAUACGUGCUACAUGGAGAAAGAAGGUAUCUUGCUGUGACGCAGUUCUCACCCACUCAUGCCCGAAAGGCCUUCCCGUGUUUCGAUGAGCCAAUCUAUAAAGCCACAUUCAGAGUGAGUUUGAAACACGAGAGCUCGUAUCAGUCCCUGUCCAACAUGCCAGUGGAAGCAUCAACAUCUGAUGAGGAUGGAUGGGUGACCAACCAUUUCUCCAGGACUCCCCGCAUGUCCACAUACUACCUGGCCUGGGCGGUGUGCAACUUCACCUACAGAGAAGCAGUAACAGAUAAUGGAGUUGUGAUCCGGCUGUACGCCAGACCUGACGCCAUCCAGAGCGGAUCAGGGGACUACGCUCUGCACAUCACCAAGAGACUCCUGCAGUUUUACCAGGAUUACUUCAAAGUCAAAUAUUCCCUCCCUAAACUAGAUCUGCUGGCAGUUCCCAAGCAUCCGUAUGCAGCUAUGGAGAACUGGGGUCUGAGUGUGUUUGUGGAGCAGAAGAUCUUGUUGGAUCCUGACGUCUCCUCUUUCUCCUAUCAGAUGGAGCUCACCAUGGUGGUGGUGCAUGAGAUCUGUCACCAGUGGUUUGGAGAUCUGGUCACACCAGUUUGGUGGGAGGACGUUUGGCUAAAGGAGGGAUUUGCUCAUUACUUUGAAUAUAUUGGGACUGACUUCCUCUUUCCAAAGUGGAACAUGGAGAACCAGAGAUUUCUGACUGAUGUACUGCAUGAGGUGAUGUUAUUGGACGGUUUGGCUAGUUCUCAUCCAAUCUCUCAAGAAGUGUUUGAAGCCACAGACAUCGACAGGGUGUUUGACUGGAUCGCAUAUAAGAAGGGAGCCGCUCUGAUCCGUAUGUUGGCUAAUGUCAUGGGACAACCGGUAUUCCAGAGAGGACUUAAUGAUUACUUGAUGACGCACAUGUAUGGGAACGCAGCAAGAGAUGACUUGUGGAACAAACUCUCUCAGGCCAUGCAGAGGGAAGGAAAGGACAUCAACAUUACAGAGGUCAUGGAUCGCUGGACACUGCAGAUGGGCUACCCUGUGGUCACCAUCAGCAAGAAUGACAGUCUUGACAACACUGUCACCAUCUCCCAGGAGCACUUUAUAUAUGACACAGAUGCCAAGAUCAGAGAUCCUGAGCUCUUCAACAAAAGCUUCCAGUGGCUAAUCCCCCUGACAAUUACAGUGGGAAACUUCAGUCACAUAUCAACCGAAACCAUCAUCUGGGUCUCUAAUCAUACAGAGAUACACCGAGUGGGUCACAUGGAUGGGGAGACGUGGUUGCUGGGUAACAUCAAUCAAACAGGCUACUUCAGAGUGAAUUAUGACCUCCACAACUGGAGACUUCUUAUUCAACAACUGAUGACAAACCCUACGAUCAUCUCUGUGGGAAACAGGGCAGGUCUGAUAGAUGAUGUCUUCAAUCUGGCAAGAGCGGGCUAUCUGCCCCAAAACAUCCCCCUGCAGAUCAUCUCAUACUUGUCUCAGGAGAGCGAGUUUCUGCCCUGGCACGCUGCUAGUCGAGCUCUUUACCAGCUGGACAAACUACUGGACCGCACUGAAGACCACAGUCUCUUUAGUGACUAUGUGCUGAAACAGGUGUCACCGAAAUAUCACAAGAUGGGUUGGCCGACCUCUUCCUCUGAGGGAUCCUUCAUACAGGCUGCUUAUCAGACGGAAGAGUUACAGAGAGAGGUGAUCAUGCUGGCCUGUAGUUUUGGAAACAAACACUGUCACCGACAAGCAGUGUCUCUCAUUUCAGACUGGAUUUCCAGCAACAAGAACAGGAUUCCACCCAACGUGCGGGACAUUGUGUACUGCACAGGUGUCUCUCUGAUGGAUGAAGACGUGUGGGAGUUUAUCUGGAUGAAGUUUCACUCCACCACUGCCGUCUCUGAGAAGAAGAUUCUUCUGGAGGCCUUGACCUGCAGUGACAACAUCUUCCUGCUCAACAGACUCCUGAAUCUGUCUCUCACCUCUGACCUGGUGCCAGAUCAAGACGUGAUCGAUGUCAUCAUACACGUGGGCCGCAAUCCACUGGGAAGACAUUUAGCAUGGAGAUAUUUCAGAGAAAAGUGGGAUAUAUUGAAUUCCAGGUAUGGAGAAGCUUUAUUUAUGAACUCAAAAUUAAUCAGCGGUGUGACAGAGUUUCUCAACACAGAGAUGGAGUUGAAUGAGUUGAAAGAGUUCAUCCUGACCAGCGGUGGAGGAGCAGCACCUGCGUUUGCUCGCGCCGUUGAGAUCGUUCAAGCGAACGUGAAAUGGCGGACGCUGUUCGAGCAACAGUUCUACCAGUGGCUGCGAAAAGCUCCUGACGGUUAACGCAACAUUAGGCACGAAACACGCCAGUAGCUUGGAAACACUAUCAGGCAUUUACAAACCAGUAACUUGCGGAGACUUAUGCUUAAAUUUACUUCAAAUAAAAUAUACAUUUCUGGACGAUGAAAAUCUGCAAACUUUUCCUGCUGUUUAUGAAGCAAACAGACUGAACGACCGAGACGAAGCGAAUCAAAUGCUUGAUGAUCUGUCAUCUGUCAUCUGUCUGCCAAAGCGGACAUUUGCAUGAAACCGAUCUGCCGGUGAAAAAUGACAAGCGAAAUCUAAAAUUAUUUUUAGGUUUCAAUCUCCGAUUCUUUCUUUUUAACACGUCUAUGUCCAGUAAGAUCUGGCACAACAGCUCCAGUCCUGCACCGCCUCAAGUCGGAAAAUACCAGAGAAAACAGCGCCGCCCUGCUGCCCACCCCACAAAUAUUCUCCAAAGACUGCUGCUGUCCUUGAGCAAAGAAUCCUAAUUUAUGUGAUAAGGUCCUCUUUGCUUUUCUUGCACAAUCACACAUUAUGUUUUGUACUAUAUUAUGUUAAUUGAGACCAUAUCUACGAUCAUUGAACAGUUGAAGAAAGAUGGCUGCAGUUAAAGAGCAAGUUCAAAAUGGGCCUGAUGUACAAAGCCUACGUAUAAACGUCCAAUGAGGUUUGAGUUGUCAAUACGAUUUACACAAGAAGCAAAGUUUCAUUUAGGUUAUAUUUAUGCUUAAAAUAUUUACAAACAACAUGCCAAAGGGGCGAGAAUAGUCUUAUAUACAUACAAAGUAGUACAAGAAGGUACAAAAGUUGCAUCAGGAUGUUUAGAUAUUAAGAACAUGAGAUGCCUUUUUCUUCUCCUAUUUUCUUACUUUUACCAUAAAACGCAGCGUCAUCACAUCCAGAUGGUAAUAUGCACAUGAUAAUGAUGUACAAAUGGGUUAUGUUGUGGGUUAUGAGUGUAAUAGGAAAGCACAAUGAUUUUUUUGCAGGUUCUGGUAUUCGUCACCAAGUGAAAUAAGCACACAGUAUUAUACGUGAGGUCCAAUGUUCUUAGAAUAAAGUACCUUGAAAGAUGAAUGAAUGACAACACUUAUAAUGGACAAACACGGUUGAUUUAAGUUAACCCAUUUGCACCUGUCGGUUAACUGAAAGGUUCAGUUGUGGAUUUAAGCUAAGGUUUUGUAAGACUUUCUAUGACAGUAAGUGGUGAAAGAGAUGUUUGUAUAGCUUGGCAACUUUAUUAGGUACACUUUUCAAUUAAUCUAUGAAAAUAUGUAAUCAGCCAAUCACAUGGCAGCCACUUAACCAUGCUGCAUGCGGAGACGGUCACAUGGACCUGGCGAAGCUCAAACCAAGCAUGAAAAUCAGGAAUGAUUUUCUCAAAUGAUUUCGAAAGUGCCACGAUGCCAGAGGGACCGGGGGGAGUAGUAGAAACUGCUGAUUUGGGGGAUUUUCAUGCAAAAUCAUCCUGCCUUGAUAAUGUGCCAUUUCACAAAGCUCCGAUUAGGUUUCUUGAACAUGACUUCACUGUACUCAUAUGGCCUCCACAGUAGAUGCGGUGCAGUGGGAGAUUCGCAUCAUGACCGUGUAUCCAACUAAUUUGCAACAACUGCGUGAUGCUGUCAUGUCAAUGUCCAGCACAUCAUUCAAUCUAUGCCAUGAAUAAUUAAGAUCCAAGGUAUACCUAAUAAAGUGGCUGGUUGUUGUUUUUAUUUUUUUACUUUAUUUGUUUUUAUUUAUUCCCACUUUUAUUGCAAGUGUAACUUUCUGAUGCUGUAAAGAAGAUUUUUUUA